AUGGACGAUCUGGACGCACCUCUGGACUUCGAAUCGGAAGACGCUCUCGUCAGUAGCGUUCCUGUGGCCAACGAGAGGAAAAGGUCAGCAAAGGGGCCCUGAUGCUUUUUCUAUAGAAUUUUGUUUUUUCAGUGAUUAGGGAUUAGUGUGAUUCCAGUAAUGUUCGUGCUGCAUUAAUACUGUUGUUGAUCCUGUACGUGAAGUGUUCGUAAAGGAUCAUCCUAGAGCAGGGAAAAGGUGACGUCGACAUUGAUAUUCGACGAAUGCUACAGUCCGUCGCAUGAUUCUUCUUCUGCGUUGUUCUCCUAUUUCCGUCGAAUUCGUGAUAAUGUCGAGUGUUCUGGGGAUACUGCUGAUUCGUUUCAUACAGCUACGCUUUAUGCGAUAAAAAGAGUUCGGUUUUUACGCGUUGGCCUUCGGCUCCGAUUGGGAUAGGACAUUUUGGUGUGCAAUAGCUGCUGGUGUUAAGCUAUAGACUCUCUAUGAGGUGAAUAGUCGAGAACUUGAAUGCGCCGUAACUAAUUUAAACGAUCUGUCCUACCGUCGGUUGCAGCCAUAUGAACGGUUCUUAGUCAGGGAUCUCACAAAUGAAUUAUCUUUUUCGAAUAAAAAUUCUAUGCAGCAAAUGGGUAAGCUUUUCCUUAAAUAGCUGAAUAGCUUGAAUCGUAGUUCUCAAAAUAGUUGUCGUGAUUAUGGAUAGCAUGAUUGGGACAAGACGAUCUCAAAUCCACGUUUUAUUCCGGCCAUAGUGAUAAUCAAAUUGUUGGUCAGUUAUGACUUACGUUUGGACAAAAAAUUACCUAUUGUUUUUUUCUCAUAGGGUUCACUGCUUUUGCUUCCUAUUAAAGUGUGUUUUCGAUUAUUUUCCUGAACUUUUAAGUGCUUGCCUAUAGUUUUGUGCCACGAUGACACUUCUAUUUUUAAAUGUAUGAGGUUGAUCUCUAUUAGAAGUUAACAUCUUCAGUUGAUUAUAUAUUGUUCGCAGGAAAAAGAUUAUUGGUCUAGAUGAUCUUCUUUCUGAAUUUUACCACGCGGGGAAUCCAGUUAAUGAAUCUAAGAAGUCAUCGAAGGCUAAGCAUCACGACUCAGAUGAAGAAGACAACACUUCAAAGAACAAGGAGAAAUUGCUGUCAAAGUUUGUUUCUGAGUGCCAAAAGCAGGCAUGUAGAAGAUUCAUGUUUGGGCUCGUACUAAAAUAUCUCUCCUCAUUAUGAUUUUUUAUGUAAACGGUUAUAAAAAAAAUGGAAGGACAAUGUGUAUGAUAGAAUACUUGACGUUCUGUGCCUUGUAUAGGUCAAUGAUAUACUUACUGAAGAUGAUAUCCCUUUGUGGGGUCGACGAGCUUUUGGGCGACAGGUUUCUUCGAACCGAUGAAUCAUUACGAAUUCCUGCUCUUAUUUUGCUUAAAUUAUUUAUAUUACAUGGUUUGAUGGUUACAUCCAAGCAUCUGUUUUCUACAGAGAUCUCCACCGCCACUUGACUCAAAGGCGCUAAUUAAUUGCAAGCUUCUGCAGUCAUUCACAAAGAGCAAAUUCAGUUCAAUUUUGGAAAUGACCAUUGACAAAGGUUUUUUUGCUUAUGUUUGGUGAAGCCUUGUCCCUUACUAAAGAUGUUAAUCAAAACUCCUUUAAUUCGACUUUUGCCCAGAUUUCCCUUUUUUUCAUGCAGAUUGAAUUUAGUCUAAUGUGUCUUCCUAUGGUUGGAUUAGAAAUCAUGGGUUCCCACGCCUAUGAACUUAAUCAGUGUCUCAAAUUUUCGGGGUGCUGACCUAAAAUGUCUACACAUUCUUUCUUGUUAUACAUAUCUAUGAGGACCCGACAUCAUUUACUAUUUUAGGGUAUUUGCCAGUCCCUUUUGCUUCUGUUUUAUUGUCCUCUUCCAGUUCUGACUUUUUGAUACCACUUGUGAUCUUGCUGUUCCUUUUUCAACUUUUGUAACACCAUAAUCUCGUCAAAAUGUGUUUUAGAAUCUCAUAGUUUAUAGAAGAAUCAGAACUCUGGAUCCAAAUAAUUUUGAAAUUUUAUUAUUUUAUUAUUUUUAAAUUUAUUUUUAAUUCACAUCUUUAAAUUUUAUUUCAUAAGUUCGGAUGGAGAUCUGUGUAUCUUUUUUCCUCAUUGGCCCCUCCCUAGUUUCUCCCCCCUCCAAAUUUGAUGACGUUCUGGUAAAAUGGAAUCGAGAGGCUUUAAAUGUGACCCAACACAACUAUUGUGUAUUCCCCCAGAUUCCUCCUUACUAUUUUACUUAUGCAUCUUUCUAUCACAUUAUUUUUAAACAUUGUGUCGUUUCAGAAGAGCAUGAAAUGGUCCUCGUGUUUUGUUUUGACGUUAGAAACCUUGAAAUCUCGACUUUAUGGCACCAUUAAUAUGCAAGAAAUAUGUACGAGGUGUGCAACCAGAUGAUCUUUGCAAUGCUUCAUACCUUAAACUCCUGGCUUUGAACAUGUCACAAGUAACCGCAUGGAAUAGCCGUCGUACAGUUUCAGGCAUCAAAGAGUUUCUUUUUUGUCAAAAAUAUCACAGCAUCAUCUCUGGGUAGCAUUGCCACACCUCCAGUAUUGUAUUUUUCUCUGUCAACGCGUUCACAAUAUUUUGCAGAGAGUUGUAUCUUUUGUUCUGUCAUCUUUUUUUACUUAUUCCACCUACUAAGAAUGAAAGGUCUUGUCUGUCUGCAAUUUAUAUAAAAUUUGAAUGUCGCAUCCUGGAUAUUUGACCAUCAGGACUAAUCUAAUUAUUUGAGAGAGGCAGCUCGCCUAGUCUAUUAACCCCCUACCCCUAGUGUAGCGACGAGGUUUUUCUCCAUUUCUUUUUCCAUCUCAUUAUGGUCUCUACUUUCUUGAAGGAGAAGCAUUUCUGGAGGGUUUAUUAGUGGACGGGUGGCUAUUAAAUUUAGUUUUUUUGUGUGGUUCUGUUGAAGACUGUUUGGCAUCGUGGACGUUUUAUCAAGGCCAGUAUUUUUUUUCCACUAUGGCCUUUUACAUGUUGCUUAAAUAUGUAUACAUUUCUUAUUCUUCAGUCAUAACUUCCAUUCUCAGCAUUGCAUUCCUCCAAGGUGGAUGUUCAAGAAUCUGGAUGUGACUUUUGGUGUAGUAUUCUUCCAACAGAGGUUGAGGUAAGUAUGAUGCUCACGUUGUAAUGGACACAUCCAGGUAUCUUAGUGCGUGUUCUCACAAAUACAGGUCAACAAGCCCACAGUUGGACUUACGUGGUUCCCUAGCUUUGCACAACUAAAAGAUGCUCUCGAAAUCUUUGGAUACAGUCAUGGUACUUUGUCGCCUUCAGCUUCUGUGGACAAUGGUUAGCUCUAGAGUUUUUUGUUUCAGUUUCAAUUAAUUUGAACAGUAAGCAUAAAGAGUUACUGAUGAGAAACUAGACUCGCUUAUUAUUUUCAUCAUUAUCUUCUUUUAUUUUCAUGUCUGUAUUUUUGUUGCAGUCUGUAGGCAUGACGUGGCACUUAGAAAUCACUCAUAAAUCUUUCUUCCUUAUGGCAUUUCGUCUUUUUUUGUUUUUGUAGAUCAAAACAACUUGCUUUGUCUUCAUGAGCACCUCCAACUAGCCCACUUUUAUCCAAUGUAUCAAUGUUCAUUUAUGUGUCUUGAAAGCAGUGUCGUCUUGUUUAUUUUCCAGCAGUAUCCGUUUGGUUCAUGCUAUGGAAAGGUGUAGACUGUAAAAACAUUGUUGAGGUUAUCCAAGUAAUCAGCCCGAAUUGCAAACUGUUGGAUUCUGGCAGAAUUUUCGUAAAAACAAUACUUCUAUAAUAUUUAUGUUUGUUGAAAGUAUAAGAUUAUUCCAUUCAAGCUUUAAAUGGAGUGUAAAUCUGCAUACAAUUUUUUUGUAAGAAAUAAAUUUCCGUCACAAUGUGGAAAUUCAAUGACUCUUGCAAAAUAAAAUAGUAGGAUAUUAUGAAUAUCGUGGUAAUGACAGGCUUUAAUAUAAGUUUCCAGUGUCUUUUUGAAUGUUUUUGUGCCUUAUUUUAUCCUCGUUGUUGAGUACCCACCUUCAUUUAGUAUGAGAACCUGGCGUCUUUGAUUCAUAUUGAGAAACACCUGCACAUGCAAUUUACUUCUGACUUUGACCUUGUUUCAGCUUCUGAAAUCUGUGGCCCACCAGUAAACAUCAGAUGUUGGCUCAAACUGGUUGCUACUUUCUGUAAAAUGAGGUAAUAAUCUUAUGUUUUGCAUUUUUUUUUGGUAUGGGUAAACAAUCGUCCUGAAAAAGGAGUUCUUCCUGAACAUCCUUCUUCAUCAGUCAACCGAAAUCGUUAUGCAUCUUAUUUCUUUUAGUCCCCUGAUUGCUACGAGUACCUUCUUGUGUGCAGAAUUUCAAAUAUACCAAAAUUCUAGUUUUAGUCAACUAAAACCCCUGGUGUUAUCUUUAUACCAUUCUUCUCCCUGAUGGACUUUGCAAUUGUUUUUGCAUCCCCAGGAAUCCCUGUCCUAUAUUCUCAACUUCAGAAGUGGAAGAGCUCUUUGAUAUAAUUAUUUGGCUAUUCUUAGACCGUCAGCUUCAAGGGCUGUCUUUCCUUUUGAGCGAGUGUAUGCUAUCCAUCAUUACCUUCUUCACAGACGAAGAGUGGCUCAUGAGCUCUGAGAAGAUUGCAACUUCAAUUGCCAGCAGGUGAUACAAAGCUUCUUUCUUGAUUGUUGUGAUUCAGUCAUUAAUGAACAAAUCAUCCUUCUUUUUCACACAAUCUCCAUCAAUCUUCCAUAUAUCUCUCUGUUUCUGGGUCUCGGAGUUUUCUAUUUUUGUGUUGUUUUAAUGGAUGUGAUUCGUGCCCAUAAAAUCAGGUGAAAAUUGAAUCGCAAACUAGAAAAAGGUUUACCAGUAAAUGAAACCAAUACUAUUUCAUUUAUUUUGUUGAGCCCUGAACACUCUUGCUCCAUAUAUCUAUAUUUUAUUGGGCAGUAAUCGCUCCCAUUUCAUCUCUUUUUAGAGUGUAAAUCUUCCAAAGUCAAUUGGGUUGACUGUCUGAAAGAGGCAGCUGACAGCUAGUGCCUCUUUCGAGAAGGUGGGAAAAGAAGUUCAACUAGAUGCUAAAUUUAUGAUAUUCUUAGCUGGGAAGUAGCUUUCUUUCUGUCCACGUCUGGUUUCCCUUCUCCUUUCCUCAAAUAUUCAUUGACGGCUUUAGCUUCUUCUAAAAACAGGGCCCCUAAGGAUCUCAACUGUUUUCGGAUUGUGGAAUGCAUCUCAGGAGUCGAUGAGCGUACUAGGGGCCUGAGGAGUCAAGUGUCGUGGCAGAUUCUAACACAUAGCAUGGGCAAUCCUGUGAGUUCCCCUCUGACUGAUUAGUACACAAUGCUAACAAUCAUUGGGAACUUCCCACCCAGCAAUCCCAUUAGACCAAUGUUGCCUGCUCUUGUGCCAUUUUUCUAUUUUCUUCAUGCUUGAUUGGUUUAUAUGGAAAGAUGGGGAAGCCCAUCUUCGUUUGAUGCAGGAAAAUAUGGCGGGGAUUAAGAAAAUCUGAUGAAGUACGCAGGAAGCCAAGAAAUAUCAGCUUUCUCUGAGCAUUUCGAUCCAUUUCCUUCAGAAUUUCUAGCCCCUUGAUUAGUUUAAUGCAUUGCAGGGCGCUAAUCCUGUGGGCAUUCUAAGAUCAUUAUCAUCGGUUAAUGUGAAGGACAAGAAUUGUGACUUCUUCAAGGUGUACAUCCGCCUUGUUCUUGCUGAGAACUGGCUCGCUUCUGGCCUUCCAGUGGAAGAAGGACCAGCCAUUGCUGAAGUGUGGUCUAGAUAUCUUAGAAGCCUCUCCACCCAGAUUUCGAACACGGACUGGAGGUCAUACGCCGCAAAGGUGAGCAUUCUAGGGAUCAUUUAUGCCUGAGAUCCCCCACAAAGUAGUUCAAUCUGUGACUGGCCCCUCUGUUCUUCAUUUGACUUUUGAGCCCCUCAGCCUAAUUAAGAAUAAUUAGGGCCUAAAUUAAUUUGGAAAAAAACUUUAUUUCAAUUUACUCUCUCUCUCUCUCUCUCUCUCUCUCUCUAUCUGUUGAUCUUUUAGCCUUUUUUAGAUAAAAUUAGAUGCUAAUUAUUCAUAAUGAGGUUGACUAAAAUGAAGUCUGCUAUUCUUGGGGAUCUUGGAGUUCAAUGAAAAAAUAGAGACUCAACGCUAGUUUAAUUGGUUUAUUUUCUUUUUUUUUUCUGGGGGGGUCAGAAAAAAAAUAACCCUAUUUUUUACUGAGUCUCAGAAAAAACCCUCUUCGUCUUCUUCUUAUUCUUCUUUUCAUGCAUUGAAGGUCCGUAACAGAGCUUCAUAUCUACUGCAAAGUAUGUAG